GUAUAAAUGAUGUAAAUAGUGUAAUAUUAAUAUCGUGAGAAAUAGUAAUUAUUAGAUAGAAAUUAUUUUUCUUGUGUUACUCCGGAUUCACUUCAUCAUGGCUGAUAAAAGACAGCACAGUUUGUCGAAAGAAGAAAUAGCGAAGCAGUUUAUGCUGCCAGAGAGGAAAAGCAAAAUCGCAACGUUAUUGAAACAGGACGGUCAAGCGUAUUGCAUUUGUAGAAGCUCCGACAGUUCUCGCUUUAUGAUAGGAUGCGAUGCAUGCGAAGAAUGGUACCAUGGUGAUUGCAUAAACAUAACUGAAAAAGAUGCAAAACAUAUAAAACAAUUUUUCUGUGUUCGUUGUAGAGAGGAAGAUCCGACAUUGAUAACGCGAUACAAACCACGUAGGACUGAUCAAGAUGACAGGAAACAUAGAGACAGAAAAUACAAAGAGAAGGAAAGAGGACAUCGAUACGAAUACGAUGCGCCAUGGGGUCCUAAAGUAGAAAAAAAAUCCUCCAAGCGCUGCGGAGAGUGUACAGGAUGUCUACGUACAGAAAAUUGUGGCAAGUGUGACGCUUGCAGGCAUCUGAAGAAAUUCGGACCUUCGGUACGAUUGAAGCUCAGAUGUAUUCAACGAACCUGCCGUGUAGUGGGCGAUCCGCUAAAACCGUCCAAAAGUCUCAAUAAGGGAACGAAAUUGACCAAGAGGCGCAAGAGGGAUUCGAGUAACGAGAGGAACGAGUACUUGGAGCCACCGUGCCACUGUUAUGGACCCACAUGCACGAAACAAUCGCGACCUGGUAGCAAAUACUGCUCCGACGAUUGUGGUUUGAAGCUGGCGACGAGUAGAAUCUAUCAGGUACUACCGCAGCGGAUACAGGAAUGGUCGUUGACCACAUGUAUCGCGGAGCAAAAUAACAGACGCGCUCUGGAAACCGUGAGAAAACAGCAACACGACGUCCGUAGAAUACUGCAAGAAUUAGAAAAGAGACACAUCGAGUUAGAUCGAAUUGUCGAACGUGCGAAGCAUGCGUCCAUCGAUCCACAAGCCGAAGUGGAUGACAACGAUGAUACGGAGAGCAGCAUGUACUGUAUCACGUGUGGGCACGAAGUCAACUCGAGGACCGCCAUUAAACAUAUGGAAAAAUGUUUUAAUAAGUACGAAUCGCAAGCGUCCUUCGGCUCGAUUUUCAAAACACGCAUUGAGGGCCAGGUGAUGUUCUGCGAUUUCUACAAUCCUGGGAACAGGACUUAUUGCAAAAGGCUGCGUGUUCUCUGCCCCGAACACUGUAAGGAUCCAAAAAUUGGCGACGCUGAGGUAUGUGGUUGUCCAUUGGUCACGAACGUCUUUGAUGCCACGGGCGAAUUCUGUCGCGCGCCUAAAAAGAGCUGCGUGAAACACUAUAUGUGGGAGAAACUACGACGAGCAGAGAUCGACAUGGAGAGAGUGAGGCAGUGGUUGAAGAUCGAUGAGCUCGUGGAGCAAGAGAGGCAGAUCCGGUCAAACAUGGCGACGCGAGCCGGUGUAUUAGCUCUGAUGUUGCACUCCACUUAUAAUCACGAGCUAAUGGAACAGAUGACGCAGGAACAGAGUAGAGAACAACUGCAGGCGAUGGAAGAGGAAUUACAAAGAAGAUACGGUGGGCAUCAGCAGAAGGAACAACGCAUAGAGUAGUAAUCUUUAUCAUACUUAACUAAUACCAUUACUAGAUCUGUGACUUUCAGCUGCACUUAUUACAUUUUCUUUAUUUCCUCUUUUUUUUAA